AGAAGACGGACCCGAGCGGCAGCCGUCUCCCGCCGCGUCCUGACUUCCUUUAGACCCAUCGCCAGCCGGGGACCGGCACGCCCAGCGGGGGGACCGGCUCAAAGGGGUCGGCUGACUCCACGCGCUGCAGGAGGAAGAAGAUGCCGUUUCAUCACGUGCGAGCGGGCCUCCUGUAUCCCGACAACUACCUGAGCGGCUCCCUCACAGAAGGCGACGACGCCUUCAAGCUCACCAGCAUCUCCACCGAGGAGCUUGGAGAGAUUCGCGAGGCCUUUCGUGUGCUGGACCGCGACGGGAAUGGCUUCAUCUCCAAGCAGGAGCUGGGAAUGGCCAUGCGCUCGUUGGGGUACAUGCCCAGCGAGGUGGAGCUCGCCAUCAUCAUGCAGAAGCUCGACAUGGACGGAGACGGGCAGGUGGACUUUGAGGAAUUCAUGACGAUACUCGGACCAAAGCUGCUGUCAUCGGACAACAGAGAAGGUUUCUUAGGCAACACCAUCGACAGCAUCUUCUGGCAGUUUGACAUGCAGCAGCUGUCUCUGGACGAGCUGAAGCAGGUUCUCUUCCACGCCUUCCGCGAUCACCUGACCAUGAAGGACAUCGAGAACAUCAUCAUCACCGAGGAGGAGAGCCUCAAUGAAACCUCGGGAAGUUGUCCCGAGUACGAGGGAGUGCAUCCCAAGAAGAAGAACCGGCAGACGUGCGUGAGGAAAAGUCUCAUCUGCGCCUUCGCCAUGGCCUUCAUCAUCAGCGUCAUGCUCAUUGCCGCCAAUCAGAUGUUGCGCAACGGCAUGGAGUGAAAACUCCUCACUGUGACGGACGCAUUCGUGGGUACGCCCGCAAGGAUCUCGGCAGGUCUGUCAACUUUUUCUUUCUUUGGGCUCAGGAGCGGACCGAGGGUCGAUUACUCAUCUCCUUGUGUUGCUUUCAAGAUGUUCCUUCAUUUCCAACUGGAAAGUUGGCACCAAUUUUUUUUUGAAAACAAAUGAAAAUAUGGAGACUUUGAGGGAAUGUGAAUUGAUGACAAUGAAAAAAAAGAACGAGAACAAAAACAAUGGUUGGGUGCUUGGAGCCAUUCCUCAUCGCCACCUCUAACAUGUUCUCAUCUUCUCCAACCAUGUGCACUUAGCAAAGCGUCAACAGCAACAUUACGCGUGUGCUGAAACGAGGACAGAGAAGAGCUGAUGUAUGCUUGGUGCAAAAAAAAAAAAAAAAAAAAGGUUCCGGAGGAGCAUCUCAUUGCAAUUCCGUGUGUGCGUACACGCGUAUCUAGGUCAUCUCAGCAGUACACACACACCAUAAGAUGAGUCACGUGUGCUUCAACAUACACAUAAUGUAUGCAUGUUCGUGUGCCCUGCGAUUGGCUAGCGACCAGUUCAGGGUGUUCACUGCCUACCGCCCGAAGACAGCCGAGAUAGGCUCAAGCACCCUCGUGAGGAUAAGCAGGAUGGAUGAGGUGGUCCGGGGUGGUGCUGCUUAGUCUGGGAAGACGACGGUGCUCCUGGUGGCCCAUUUGAGAAGUGCAAGUUGACUAAUAUUAUGAUGUCACAAAUAGAAUGUGUCAUGUGAUGGAAACGCUUUUUCCACCUUGAAUGUUUGUCACGUCUGAGUGACCCGGAUGAGUUAGUAACAUGACCUCAUAAUGGUCCGAUUUUUUUUUUUUAAUGCUAAUUUAUAUCCGCAUGGAGCAAUUAUUUACUGAGUUUUUAAUCAGAGUUGAUUUCAAAUUAAAUCAGUGAUUUUUAGAUAGAUGAAUAUAUAAAGGAACGUAUCGCAUGUGACGACGUGGUUAGCGCUCGCUCGAGCAGCCAAACUUCUCUAAGAAUCUUUCAGGGAUGGCAGUUGCAACGAGUCUUUGGAUUUGAUGCUGCUGCCAGUCCCACAAGGUGUGGCUUGUCCACAUAUGCAAGAGAAGCCCGCCUGGAACAAAAUGGUAGCGGUC